GCAUUACGCAGAUUCAAGAUUGUCAGAGCAGGGCAUUCGGAUUGUGUAUGGAAUGUUCUCCAAGUUUGCCACGCAGCAUUGCUUGAUGCGUCAGGGUUUUGAUGGUCCACCUGCACUUUGCCUUGGCAAUGCCACGUGGGCAUGCCUCUUCUGGCCUCUUGAGAAGGUGUCCAUCCCGGGAGGCUCUGAUGGGUAUGCCCUGGACUCGGGUGGCUCUGCUUAUUGGGGCCAUGUGGUGAACCCUGAGGAAUGGCAAUUCUUGACUAUCGCGCUGGGAAAAAUGCCCAAGACUGAUCUCGCAAACUGCAUUUUGGAUCAUAUUGGCAUGGGUGAUGAUUCGGCGCUCAGAAUCAAGGAACUGCUGCGGAAACCUCAGCCUGAGUCAGAACCGACUGGGGCUGCUGAUGGUCCUCAAUUGGGAAGCACUUUGGAUGUGCUGGUCCUAUGGGAUAUGCCGCCUGAAGAUCAAAAAGAGUUUCAGGAUGCUCAAGAGCUCAUU